AGCGCGGUGCCCGGGGCCGGUGCCGCGGAGGGAAGCGGCGGGCAGGAUGGGCACCAGAGCCGGCUUCUUCGAGGUGGAAAUCCUUGACUGGAAGACAAAGGAACAGUUAUGCUUCCUAGAUAAGGUGGAGCCAAAUGCCACAAUUAGGGAAAUCAGAUUGAUGUUCCAUAAAUUAUAUCCUCGGUGGUAUCCAGCAAGGCAGUCAAUAAAACUUGAUCCAAAAGGAAAGCCCCUGAGGGAUGAGGAAAUCCUGCAGCACCUCCCUGUUGGCACAACUGCUACCUUAUACUUUAAAGAUUUAGGGCCACAGAUAGGAUGGACUACGGUAUUUUUGACAGAAUAUACAGGUCCAUUGUUCAUCUAUUUUCUGUUUUAUUUCCGCAUGCCUUUUGUCUAUGGACUGGAUGAGAGGUUUACAUCAAGUCCGCAUCCAGUAGUUAACUUGGCAUGUAUCUGCCAUUCUUUCCACUACAUCAAAAGGUUGAUUGAAACAGUAUUUGUUCAUCGGUUCUCCCAUGGGACUAUGCCACUGAGGAAUAUUGUGAAGAACUGCUUAUAUUACUGGGGAUUUGCAGCUUGGCUUGCUUAUUACAUCAAUCAUCCUCUUUACACUCCUCCUUCUUAUGGGAAAAAACAGAUAAAUUUUGCUGUGAUCAUGUUUCUGCUGUGUGAAGCUGGAAAUUUUUCCAUUCACGUUGCACUCAGUGACCUCCAGAGAAAUGGAUCCAAAACCCGUAAGAUCCCAUAUCCAACAAAGAAUCCUUUCACAUGGCUGUUUUUCUUUGUAUCUUGCCCUAACUAUACAUAUGAGGUGGGGACCUGGAUCAGUUUCACUAUCAUGACUCAGUGUGUUCCAGUGGGGCUGUUCACUUUGCUUUGCUUCAUUCAGAUGACAGUCUGGGCAAAGGAUAAACACUGCACCUACCUGCGAGAAUUCAAGGAUUAUCCAAGUCUUCGAAUGCCAAUUAUUCCCUUUUUGUUGUAAGAAAAAAGAUUUCAUUUGAAUAUUGCACAGAACUUCAAGAAGAAAAAGCUCAUAAGCCUCCUGCCAAAUAAGUGAAUAAAUGUAAAGGGUUUUGAUGCAUGUUGAAUCUCCACUGCUGAGGGAAACUGCAUGCACUUGAAAGCUACACUUCUUUACAUUCAAGAAUUCUCAACUCAGAAGCACCUUCUAGAAAUAAGGCUUCACUGCACAGCUGGCAGUCAAAAGCCCCUAGAGUUCACUGUAACCUGACUGACAUAGAUUCUCAUGUACAAGUCUAUUUAGAUUGAUGGAUCAGAGAUACUGAGAAGUCUGUGCUGAAAAGCAGCUCUAAAUUUAGCAGUGGCAUUCUGCAAGACGUAAGUACAUUGGAACGAGGACAUACCAGCUAACUAUUGAAGAGCUCAGUUCAGCCAGCAUGGCCAGCUGGCCUGAAUACAGUUGCAUGAUCUGCCUUCUUUGACUUGAAGAAGAGUGUGCUGCCUGGAGGCAGGUGCUUUGUAACACAUAACAUUACCAAAGAAUAUGAAUAGUUUUUCUGGAAUAAAGAAAUAGGCAAUAUCUGAAAUACCUGAUUUGGGUCUAACCCCUAAUUUGCCAAAAGAAUCUCAAGUGAGAAGCAAUUUGUAGUAUUUGAGGAUGUAACACUGUGUUGAUGAUGUUGAUGGGGUUUCUGUUUGGUUGGUUUCAGUCUUCUUCAUUAGUAAAUUGCAUACUAGUAAGUAAGGUUCAGAAGAUCUGAUCGCUAUAUUUGUGAUAUUUGGCCUGUCUUCAUAUAACAAGUCCUUAUGAUACUAAAAGACCUUUUUACCCUCAUUUUAUGUCAGUAUUCUCUGAAUAUUUUUUAUACACUUUGUAGAUACAUGAAGUGACUGCUAGUCCUCAGCUCCCUUCCUAUUUUCAGAGCCAAGAAGAAAAAUCAGCUACAAUUCUGGACUUCCUGUGUUUUCUUUUUCACAAGAUGUUCAGUGGGGCAUAGUUGGGUUUUGUGCAAAACCUAGUAAAAAAACCGACCACUGCAUUCUAUCUGAAUUAUAUUUUCAAUAAUUUAUUUUAGCAUAUGAAGAGAAUGCAUAGAUACUGUUUUGUUUCAUGAUUCAUUUAUUUCUCUCUAAUGGAUGUAUAGAAGGAUUUUUUCAACUAUUUGUAAGGGUGAAAUAUGCAAUA